AUGAACCGCAGUGGCGAUGCAAUUGCGUUGCGUGACACGGCAGCGUACAAGGAUUUUUACCGUAGCCAACUGCAUGAUAUGUCGACAAUGAGCGGUCCCUUAAAGGUGGCAGCAAUGACGUCUUCAAUGUCAAUGGGAGCUGCAGGAGCUGCAGCAGCACAUCCGACGGCAGGAUCUGUGGUUUCUGAAGACACUGUACUACUUGAACUUCUUAUUCCUGUGUAUCUUAAGCUGGAGGAUCGUGAAGAAGUGUGUCGCGAACUUGGUGUCUUUGUUCAGACGGGGCGUGGUGGGGUGAAUGGUCUCUCACGAAAGGUGUGUGUGCGUUUGACGGACCCUGCGGACCCUUUUUUUCUGUUUGAACUAGAGCUUCUUGAGGAUGACUACGGCUCAUUCAAGCAAAGAUUGGAGCUUCUUGUGGACUUUAGUGGGUUUCCGCGGUAUCUUGUCUCCAUGUUGAAUGGCAUUGUUAACGGAAUUACACCGUAUGCGGUUUGUUUUGUGGUGGACAACCGGGACACGCUGCGCGGGACGUUGCGGGUGCUUGAACGGACGGAGUUUCGUACGGUGGAACACAUUUCGCUUCUGUUGUUGCGACAAGGCGAUGCAGGACAGAAACGGUACCUGGCGGAGCGAUUUCAACACUUUGAACGGGCGUACAUGCGGGAAGUGGAGGAGCAUCGCUCCGACUCCGCCGCUGCAACUGCGAAUAUCGAAUCCUUGAAAAGUGAGGUGGCGGCGUUUCAAGAAAAAUGCGACACGCUCCGGGAGCAGUUGAGGGAGGAGGUCGCGAAAUCAGAAAAGAAUCAGUUGGCCAGCGUCAGCCAGCUGCGUGGGGAGCACGCCAGCGAAGUUCUUCAGCUCCGCAAUUCUUUGGAAAGCGAACUCCGUCGUAUAACGUGCAAAGCAGAGGAGGUCCAGGCGCAGCUUAUGGAGGACGUGAGGACGAAGGACAGGGGGUUGCAGGAAGCCAACCAGCGCGUUGCUUUGCUGGAGUCGUCUGUUGCAAAGCUGCAAUCGCAGCUGCGAGUUGCUGGAGAUAAAUGCGAUGCCCAAGCGAAGGAGCUGGAGGAGCUUCGCUCCUCUAAUCAUGAGCUCCGGGACUUUCGCUCAAAUGCCACCCGAUCCAUCUCCGACAACGAACUUAACUGCGUCAAACUGCAAGAGCGUCUGCGUGGCCUGGUGCUGACCCUGAAAUCACGAGAUGAGGAGGCCCAGUCGCUGCGGGAUCAGUACCAGAAGCAGGACAGCUACAUUCAUAUCCUUACCUCGCAAAAUGACCAGCUUACCGAACAGAACAAAAAGAACGAGGUGUCAUUAAAAAAGGCACAUCAUAUCAUUUCUACCCAGUUAAGGCACAUCAAGGGGGCGAGGGAACGUGA